CUAGCAAUUUUUUGUCUAUGAUUAAAAUCACUUCCAUCUGUACCCAGAGCCUGGGAUAGUGUAACUUUUGAAGCCAUAUUUCGAAAUUAUCGAAAAUGAAAUGUUCAAAUCACUUUUCUAUUUUAAUGGAAAAGAAUUUUAUAUAAACAACUUUGGAGCAACAAUUUAAGAUAAAUUAUUUGGUACUUCAUUACCAAUUAUUUAACUAUUUUUAAACUUUCAGAAGCCCUGUUAGUGGCCUCAUGGGUCACGGCUCUCUGCAAAUGUGUCACUUUCGUUAAGUCAAAUUUUCAUUUGUCAGAAAUCGAGACUUAUUACUGUUCAUUUUCAUUUUAGCUUUCUUCAGAUCGAACAAUUUGAAAUAGGUGUAUCCAUGUAUUUACCUAUUAUCUUUUAUUUUUUUCAGAAAAAUAUAUAACUGUCUGCUUCAAUGGCAUGAACCUAUUUUAAUUUGUGAAUGAAUUUGUCCGAAGUUGUUGCUACAAAUUUAUAUUCCUUUAUUAUGUACUUUUAUGAACUAAACAAAGAAAGAAUUUUCUAUAAAAUUGAAUGUUUCUUUUCAAAUGCUUAUUUGUAAAUCAGUAUUUAUUAUAAAUAUAAUUUUAAUAUAUAAAACUACUUUUUCUUACAAUAUAGAUUGAAUUACCAAUCUGUCAGGUGUUUACUGACAAAGGACCACGUGUCUCCACUUCGAAGUUCUAUAAUUUAUAAAUACUGCAAUUUUACAUUUUAUUGCAUUAUUAUAAAAUAAUAUAACACUGAUAUUAGUGUUAAAACUUUAAGAAAAAAACAUGAAAUAGUACAUACAUGUUUCGUACCUAUUAUUCUAAUGAAUAUUGUUAGGGUUAUACACAUUACUUACAAUAAGUUAGUAAUAAAAUAUAUCUAUAAAUAAUAAGAAUUAAAAUUAGAUUGGAUAAAUAAAAAUAAAUAAUAAUAGAAAUAAUAAAAUAAAAAGUAGUAAAAUCUAUGUUAUAAUUAUUAUUGUGAUAUAUAUAAAUAGUAAAGUACAAAAAUACAUUGAUCUAGUUCAGCAAAAUGAGUUUCAAUAAAGUCAAAGACAUUAUAGAAGAAGGAGAUGUAGUAGUUUUAUACUUAGGGCCUACUAAUAUGCAUUCUCUACAAAUAAAACCACAAAUCCUGAAUAAGAAGGGUAAUAUGGUUGAUAAUGUCUUUCAAACAACAUACGGAGCACUUAAAGUCAUAUCUCUUGUUGGACAAAAAUAUGGUACAAAAGUACAACUUUCACGUGGAUGGGGGUAUGUUUUACAACCAACCCCGGAACUAUGGACAUUAACAGUUCCUCAUAGGACACAAAUUUUAUAUAGCCCCGAUAUAAGCCUUAUUAUAUAUUUAAUGGAUUUGGCACCUGGAAGUAUAGUCAUUGAAACAGGUACGGGAAGCGGUUCUCUUUCGCAUGCUCUUACUCGUGCAAUUCGUCCUCACGGACAUCUUUAUACAUUUGACUUUCAUGAACAACGUGUAAAUGUUGCAAACGCAGAAUUCGAAAGACAUGGCCUCAAGGAAUAUGUAACAGUAAAUCAAAAAGAUGUUUGUAUAGAUGGGUUUGGAGAAGAAUUAAAAUAUAAAGUAGAUGCAAUAUUUUUGGAUCUCCCACAUCCAUGGUUGGCAAUUGAUCAUGCCUUAUGCGCUUUUAAAAAGUCAGGUGGAAAACUUUGUUCUUUUUCUCCUUGUAUUGAACAAGUGCAACGUACUUGUCUAAAAUUAGUAACAAAAGGGUUCAUCGAAUUAAAUACAUACGAGUGUUUACAAAGAGAAGUAAAUGUGCAAUACAAAAACCUUCCUAUAUUGGAUUUAGAAUGUUUGAAGCAUGAGCAUGUGAACGAAGAUAUGGCACAACAAGAUAAAAGUGAAAAGCAAAACCAAACGAAACUUCUUACCGUGACGCAUGCUCAUUCUUUACCGGGUCAUACAGGGUUUAUUACAAUUGCUACGCUACCUCCAUUUUAUGCACGAAAGUCAGAAAUAAGCUUGGAUUCUAUAGACUAAUUAAAUUUUAAAUAAUGACAAAAAAAAAUCUCUAAAUUUGUAUUACUUCUGUACUAAGAAUACGAUUUCAGAUCUAUUUAGUGCGAGAACUUCUGUUAACGAAACAUUUUUAAAUUAAGGUGACUUCCACAGAUCUUAUUGUAUCACUUAUAAACAUAUUUGCCUAAGUAUUUUGAUAUUCUAUGCCUCCGCUUUAUUGGGAUUCCACGAUAAAUAAUCGACUCGUGUCGCGGCUUGAUAUUCCUUUACUAAGUAUUCGACGACUUCCCUAGAAUUAUCUAACUCAUCUAAAUUAUCUUCGAACAUUUUUUCCUUGCGGAACUGUUCCAAGAAUGCUUCUCGUUUCCGCAGUUUAUCAUACUGUUGUAAGGCACGAUCAAAUAACUGAAACAUUUAAUAUAACGAUGUAAAAAAAAUCUUUUUUUAUGAUAUGUGAAGUUCUUAUAUUAAAUUAUAUUUAAAUAUUUUUUUUAUAUUGAUAUAUACUAUUUUCACAUAGAAAUAGUUUUUGUAUUGUAAACGUAACUUACAGAUGAUAUGUUAGUGUGAUUAGCUAACAUUAAACCAGAUACUCUAUGAGUACUUUGUAUGUAAGGAGAUUUUCUUGAUAGAGCUACUUGUAUGCUAGCAGGACCCCAAGGUAUAAAUUGCGCGAGUUUUCGUUCCCUUAUUCUUUGUAAUGAUUUAUGUACUUGUGUUGGAUCUACUUCACCCUGUGGGAGAAUUAUAGAAUUAUAAUAAUUACGUUUGUCUAGAUUUUGUAUUUAAAAUUAUUAACACUUUCCUGGAUAAUAUUGAGAAUAGAUAUAUAACAAUGAGAUGCGUUUCUGUCUAAUGCUGUAGAGACCAUCAUAUUUUUUGGUUGUAGCAGACGUCUCAUAACAUCUAAUACUGAAGUUUUUCUUACAGACGCUCCCUAUUUUAUUAGAAUACAUAUUAUUGCAAAAAUAAAAUUACAAAUUUUUUUAUUCAAUCGUUUGUGUAUGUAAAUUUCUUAUUCUAUACUUAAUAAAAUGACUACUCACUUCUUGAUCUGUGGUUAAAGGAGUAUAACCAGUCAUCAGAAAAUGCAAUCGUGGUGUUGGGAUUAAUGGAGCAAUUAAACCUACUAAGUCAUUAUUCAUAUACGAAGGAUACCUAAGAUUGAUGAAAUGCAAGUUAAUUAAAGAUGAAAUAUUCAAUACUUUUACUUUCCAAUC